CCCUGGGCACUGGCAAGUCAAACAUACGUCCGAGUGCUAGCGGCGGGCAUGCGCAAUUUGCGCGCGUGUGGCGGCGCCCCGACCCCGACUCGUCCCUUCCCGUUUGUGAAGUCCACUCUUCUCUCCAAAUCUCCACUGGAUGCGCGCGGGCAAGUGGGGAUGGGCGCCGUGACGGGCGUUAGAGGCGGUGGGUGUGCGAAUGACACGUGGCUGUUUUCUACCUUCUCUUUGCGUUUGUGUCAACAAUUGCUGUGCUUCUCAGUAAACAGACUGGUGAAGGCUGAUUCCAUAGCGAGCUGAGGAGGUCGGUGACUUUUCAAGAACAUGUUCAAGAGGAGCGUCUAGAUGCUGGGAAGGAUUCGAUGAUGGGGAGAGUGCUGAGUUUCCCAGGAUGUGUUCAUGGUGGUAAGCCAUUGGGCGAGGUUCUGCCCGUUAUAACAGGCAAAAAUUGCGCUGCACGUAGUGGCGGCGGCGAAUUUAGUGUGAAGCCGAGAGCGCUGACGUGGCCAGGAUGUACGCGGCCACGUAGCGGUAUCAUCCACGUCUUGCGGAGGGAAGAUGGCCCAGCUUGCAGAAGCAGGCUGUGGUUACAACAGCGGACGAUUGACAGGCGAGCCUUGUUGUCGGCGUUCUCCUGUGCGCCCUCCCUGCACUCGUCUUCAUCAUCCUGCUCCGCCUGUUCCGCUCUUCAGGCGUCGAUCUGUUGCCCUUCGUCGUUGGGUAAUCUGUCAUCUUCCGGCUUGGCAAGUUCCAGCAGCGGCGGGAACACUCUGCGCCGUCGAUCGAUAUGGAGCCUCAACGAUCAAGAAGGGUUCAUGAAGUGCGUAUCAAUGCGCCCGGGAGGUAGCCAUUUGCAUCGUAGCAAAUGGGGCACGAAAUGCAGGAAAAAGGAUGGGAGGGGGGCGGCGCCGACAUUGUCGGUUGGUGGAGGAAAGUCGCGGAAGUGGAUGGUGGAUGUGAGGCAUUUUUCGACGUCUCAGCCGCCGCCGCCGCCGCCGCCGCCGAGGAGACUGCUGCCUAGAGGCGGUCUUUUCCCCUUGCACGCGUCGGUCGGCCUGAUCGGAGAUGUGGGCGGUGGGUAUGUUUCACAGUGUCGGACGAAGCUCUGGGGUGAGCGUCGGGUGAGGGGUGGGGAAGAGGAACAGAUGAUGAGAGUAGUGGAGGAGGAGCGAGGAAGGCGAUGGGCUACGUCCUCGUCGUUGGGUCGGCGAUGGCGAGUAGGCAAACGGAUUGGGAAGGUAGGGGGCGAGCAAGGAAGAGGAGGAUGGGCUAUGGCGGCUACUGCGGUGGGAGGAGGACGAUCAAGCGGAGGGAGGUGGAAUUUGAAGGCAUUUGCCCUUUCCCCGACUGCCGAAUCUGAUCCCCUCUCUUCUCAACAGCUCCCUGAUGGGGGUAAUAAUCGAAGUAGUGUCGCUGCGGAUACGGAGAACAUAGGCGUUCUCCUCCUGAAUUUAGGUGGCCCAGAAACGCUGGACGACGUACAGCCUUUUCUCUAUAAUCUGUUUGCCGACCCCGACAUCAUUCGCCUCCCUCGGUUAUUGCGGUUCCUUCAGAAGCCUCUCGCCGGCUUGAUCUCCUCAUUUAGGGCUCCCAAAAGUACAGAAGCGUAUCGGUCAAUCGGCGGCGGGUCGCCACUUCGCAAGAUAACGAUUGAGCAAGCCGAAGCACUGAGGGAAGCUUUAUGGUCAAAGAAUGUUCCCGCUCAAACGUAUGUUGGAAUGCGCUAUUGGCAUCCGUUCACCGAGGAGGCAAUCGAGAGGAUAAAGCAGGACAAGAUAACGAGGCUUGUGGUUUUGCCGCUUUAUCCUCAGUUCUCGAUUUCCACGAGCGGGUCCUCCCUUCGGCUUCUGGAGGAGUUGUUCCGCGAAGACGAGUUUCUUGUGAAGAUUAAGCAUACUGUCAUUCCCUCCUGGUAUCAAAGGACCGGAUACGUUGAAUCUAUGGCCAAUCUUAUUGAAGAGGAACUGGGUAAAUUUGCCGAUCCUACCGACGUGACCAUCUUCUUCAGUGCUCACGGUGUCCCCAAGGCUUACGUCUUGGAGGCCGGUGAUCCGUACGAAGCGGAGAUGGAAGAGUGUGUGGAGUUGAUUACGCUGGAGCUAGGACGAAGGGGUAUCAGAAACCCGCACGUGUUAGCGUACCAGAGUAGAGUUGGGCCCGUGGAAUGGUUGAAACCCUAUACAGAUGACACGAUAAGAGAGUUGGGGGAGAGAGGGGUGAGGAGUCUGCUUGCUGUUCCCAUCAGUUUUGUGUCCGAGCAUAUUGAGACUUUGGAGGAGAUCGAUAUGGAAUAUAGGGAGUUGGCUAUCGAGUCUGGCAUUCGCAAUUGGGGCCGUGUUCCCGCGUUGGGCUGUUACCCGACCUUCAUUGAGGAUCUUGCCGAUGCGGUACUCGAAGCUCUUCCGUACGUUGGAGCUAUGGCGGCCUCAAAUCUUGAAGCGCGCCAAGCGCUUGUGCCCCUCGGCAGCGUCGAGGAGCUUCUUGCCACCUAUGAUACUCAACGCAGAGAGAUUCCCCCUCCUAUCCCGAUAUGGGAGUGGGGUUGGACCAAGAGUGCGGAGACGUGGAACGGCCGCCUGGCCAUGUUAGCCGUCAUGGGACUGCUGUUGAUGGAGGUCAGCACUGGGAGGGGUAUUCUGCACUGGUGGGGGAUUCUCCCCCUUCUUAAGUGACUCAAAUGUACACACAGGGAUACGUAAAGCACACACACACACACACACACACACACAGAGAGAGAGAGAGAGAGAGAGAGAGAGAGAGAGAGAGAGAGAGAGAGAGAGAGAGAGAGAGAGAGAGAGAGAGAGAGCCCGAUAUGGGAGUGGGGUUGGACCAAGAGUGCGGAGACGUGGAACGGCCGCCUGGCCAUGUUAGCCGUCAUGGGACUGCUGUUGAUGGAGGUCAGCACUGGGAGGGGUAUUCUGCACUGGUGGGGGAUUCUCCCCCUUCUUAAGUGACGUAAAUGUACACACAGGGAUACCUAAGAGAGAGAGAGAGAGAGAGAGAGAGAGAGAGAGAGAGAGAGCACAAAGUUGUCGCCUCUUCUUGUCAGUUAGUAAUUGGAUCAGGAAACCCGAGCGCCAGUUGAGGGAAGUGACAUGUGUGCGAGUACAGGAGAGGAGGGGAGGGUGUGAAGAGGCGGCGGAUCAAAGUGGUAUAUCUUCUCCGGCUGUGCUUUCUUUGAAGACGACUUACUACGGCGGCUCGCUUGGCAUAUUUUCUUUACUUUGGUUGUCGAUGGAAUCGUUUGAGGUUACUUCCGUUACGGUGGAUUCGAUCCCGUGCAGUGGGGGGGGGGGGAGGGAGGUCGGACCCCGCUCGCUUGAUAGUCGGCAGGACCCGCCCUCCUUUUGCAGAUUUUAUUUUUCUCGCUUGGCAGCUGCUGACUUUUACGACGGAGGGUGUUGUGUCAAUGGACGUGAAGGGAGUUGUUCGAUGUGAGCCGCUGGCUAGGUACGAUGACCAUCAAGCAUCUGUGAGGAGAGGCGGAGGGCAUUCUCCCUCUUCUCCUCUCUUUUGCGGAAGAGGGAACAGACAGACAGAGGGAGGAGGAGGGGUCUCCUCUCUGUCCUCUGUUCUUUGAGGACGAGAGGAAUGCUGUGUUGUGGGUGCUUUGCUCUUUUGCUUUGACGAUGGGGCCACCAGGUCACACUGGUCGCCUAUGUUCUCGCUAGUAUUAGCAUGAAUCUGGUCCACUUUAUGCCCACGUUUAGCUUUCUUUCGAAUUCCUACGUCCUGAAGAGUGAUCGUUUUCUUUGUUUAGUGACACGGGGAGGGGAUCGGGACGGCGCUCGCAUCAGAUGGUGGUCCCCACGUUCUCUCCUGUGGGUCGUACCGACGAGGUAAAUGGCGAAUGGAGGGCUAGGCGUCCUUGUUCAAACUGUCUCAGCCGAGGGUGAGUGAUGACGUCAACAUGACCUUGCUUUCAAAUCCCUGUUUGCGCUGGUCAGUUUCACCGCCUGACCACAGAAACACGUGGACCAGGAGAGUCGGAACUCUUCGCGUUCGCGGUAGUCUGUGUGAGGUCAUCGAAAUGCCACCCUGUGAGACUGCAUGCAUGCAUGCAGGUACACGAGCGAACGUAGAUAAGACGUGCGGUAGGAGAGUCGGCUCUCGUGCCCCUGAGGAGUAAGAGAAAUUUGGGUAACCUGGCUGUGGAUUUCUCGACCGCAAGUGUGUGGAUGUGGAGGUCAGGAAGCCGAAUUUGGGCUCCAGCGCAUGGCAGUUGUGAUGGGGGGUUAGGGGAAGGGGGAGGGUUGGGUCUCUUCUAAUUCUAAAUGUGGGAUCUGCUUACGUAUAUCAUGGGUCUUUGCCGGAAAAAGACAAAGGGAAAAUAAAUUUAUAGGAUGAGAGGAAACAGUGUAGGGCGGGAGGGAACGUGGAGGUCGAUGGCUGAUUCUCUCUCCGUCGAUUCAAAAAAGAAGGGAGAGCUGGAUGUGUGAAGAACACCUGUCGUCGCUCGAUUUUACAAGAGAGGCGAUGGGGAUUUGCAAGAAAGGCGGGGUCGGUGGUGGUGGGGAUUUGUGGGAGAGGGGGGUAAUCGGAAGAACGGCAAGGGUUUGGAAGAAAGGCGGGUUGGGAAGAGAAUGUACAUAACUGUACGCAGUGUCCAAGAGAGUCCGACCGCAAUUUUUUUAUUAUUUUGUUUAUAGAGCCACAACCUUCUACGUUGAAGGUCACAGGUUCAAGCCCUGUAGGAUGCUUGCUGGAUUCUUUCGGGAGAGAGUGGCCACGUGGCUGCACAAGACAAGGCUUGGACCGUGUCUUGUUGACUUACCGAGUAGGCUUGGACCAUGUGUCUUGUUGGCUUUACCCACUACACCUCUAAGACUCAAUUACUGUAUAUCUGGAGAGAGAAAGAAGAAAGACCAUCUGUCAAACAAAGAUCGUUUCAAUCA